UUCUCUUAUUUUGUCUCUUCUUCCUUGUGGUGAAUUCCUAGGAAUUAGGCAGCUAUAUCUUUGGGUGGCCUACCACCUUGAGACAAAGGUCUCUAAUUUAUUUUACAAGCGAGGCCAUGAUUCUCAUGGAGUACAUAUGUAUGUACCGGAAAGAAGGGUCCAAAACUAAAUGGUCAUCAUUUUUGGCUGAAAUGACGGCAUUCUUUACUCACACAUCAAGAAAGAGUUGAAGGGACAUCCAAAAUAUACGAAAUUAUUGAGUAUUCGUCGUCAAAAUGAUGGCCUGCGCAUCGCCACAUUACAAAGGAAGGUUGGCAUAAUCUUGGGCCAUUUUGAAUUCCAUCAUGUGAGAUCUCUGCCAAAACAAUAAAAGAAACAAUUGCUUUUCAGUUUUAUGAAUUAUUGCCUGCACAAACUGUGGAUCAAAACUUGCAUGCAAGGUGGAUGACGAAAUGCCUGAGAGAACACAAUUCCUAGCCAUAGCCAUUGUUCUACAAUGCUGCUUUUUAGCUGCUCUUCUUCACCCUUUAGACCCUCUUUCAGCUACUGAAAUCAACCAAAUUAGGCUCAUAGUGCAGAGGUCUCGCCUGGGUGCCCUUUCUAACUUGACUUUCCACUAUGUUGAUCUUGAAGAGCCAGAGAAGGAAGAUGUUCUCAACUGGCUAUCUUCAAACGAGAACAAUGGAUCUUUUCCUUAUCGCCGAGCCAAGGUGGUGGUUCGGGCCAGGGGCGAGACCCAUGAGCUCAUUGUGGACUUAGCCACCGGCUCCAUUGAAUUGGACCAUGUUUACUCUGGCCAUGGCUUCCCAUCGUUCACUCUCAAUGAGCUCAUCCAAGCUGCCAGGCUGCCAAAGAAGGAUCCCCAGUUCAAGGAUUCAAUUUCCAGGAGGAGCUUGAAUCUGUCUGAAGUCACUUGCUUGCCACUCACUACAGGUUGGUUCGGGGAAAUUGUUGCGAAAAGAGCUGUUAGAGUUACUUGCUUCUAUCGUGAAGGAACGACUAACAUCUUUGCCAGGCCUAUUGAGGGGAUAACCAUACUGGUAGACGUUGAGUCCAUGCAGAUUAUCAAAUAUGUUGACAGGUUUAGAGCCCCUUUGCCUGGAGCUGAUGGCACUGAUUUCCAAUCCUCAAGUCAAGGGCCUGAUUCAGUCCCUUGCAACAGAACAGAGAAAACCGGGUUCACCAUCACAGGCCAUGAGGUUAGAUGGGUUAAUUGGGCGUUCCAUGUCGCGUUCAAUGCUCGCGCUGGGUUGGUUAUAUCGACAGCUUCAGUGCUCGAUCCGGGAACAAAAAGGCCUCGGCGUGUGCUCUACAGAGGGCAUGUAUCGGAAACAUUUGUUCCAUACAUGGAUCCCGCUAACGAAUGGUACUUCAGGACGUUCAUGGACGUGGGUGAAUAUGGAUUCGGCCGUUCGGCUGUCAACCUGGCACCACUCACUGAUUGCCCCGGCAAUGCUGUGUAUUUGAACGGGUACUUGGCCGGAGCAGAUGGACAGCCACAGCAACUGCCGAGAGCAAUCUGUGUUUUCGAGCAAUAUUCCGGCGAUGUUGCCUGGCGGCACACUGAAACUGGCCUUCCUGGACAAGUGCUAACCGGUGGGAGGCCAGAGGUGAAUUUGGUGGUCAGGAUGGUGGCCACUGUCGGGAAUUAUGACUACAUUCUUGACUGGGUAUUCAAGCAAAGUGGAUCCAUUAAAGUUGUGGUGAGUCUAACCGGCGUGCUAGAGGUGAAGGCAACAUCAUACCCACAAAACGAACACAUAUUCGAGGAUGAUCAUGGCACAUUCGUCGCAAACAACACCAUUGCCGUCAACCAUGAUCACUUCAUCACUUACUAUCUCGACUUGGACAUGGACGGCAGAGAAAACUCGUUCAUCAGGUCAAAGCUGAAAACGGUUAGAGCCAUACCUAACAGACCCGGCACGCCGAGGAAGAGCUACUGGACCACCGUUAGAGAAACCAUUGAGAGGGAAGCCGAGGCUAGGACUCGGAUCGGACUCGAGCCGGUUGAGUUUUUAGUAGUGAAUCCGAACAAGAAGACGAGGCUGGGGAAUCAGAUCGGCUACCGGCUGAUCACGGGACAACCGGCUGUUUCGCUGCUGUCCGACGAUGACUAUCCACAAAUCCGGGCCGCCUACACCAAGUAUCAGCUGUGGGUGACGGUUUAUAACAAGUCGGAGAGGUGGGCCGGCGGGUUUUACGCGGACGGAAGCCACGGUGACGACGGCUUGGCUGCUUGGACGUGCCGGAAUAGGCGGAUUGUGAACGAAGAUAUAGUUGUUUGGUACACGGUAGGGUUUCAUCAUGUUCCGUGCCAGGAAGAUUUCCCGGUGAUGCCGACCCUGUCCGGCGGAUUCGAGCUCCGGCCGGCGAACUUUUUUGAAAUAAAUCCAUUGUUGAGGCAGUAGAGUUAAAGCUGGAAAAAAAAAAAAAAAUCUGUAGCCACUGGCUAUUUUUAAUUAAAUAUAUUCAUCUGCCACGUCAUAAUUUCGAUUUGUUUCCGAUUAUUUAGAAUCAAAAGCUCCA